CAACAAAAGCACGUGAUUCUGCCUCGUACCCCAUAUUUGGGUGCCUACGUAAGAGAGAAUCAAGUCCAUGUCCCACUCUCAUUUCCAUAAUUCAUCAUAAAUUGUGCAAGGGUGCAAUAGGACGCGCUAAAGCAUAAGAGCUACAAAUCAAGGAGCUGCGGGUUUAUGCUGUUUACUUCUCCUAAAAUAAUCACAAAACAACAGCAAUACCUGCAGCGGACAAAAAGGUGGAACUGUCAACAAAUGAGCUCCUAUUUUGUGAACUCAUUCUGCGGUCGCUAUCCCAAUGGCGCGGACUUUCAGUUACAUAAUUAUGGAGAACAUAAUACCGCCAACGAGCAAUACAGAGACUCCACUGCCAUGCAUUCCAGCAGGUAUGGCUAUGGCUACAACGGAAUGGACCUGACUGUCGGGCGGACCGGCGGCGGACACUUUGUGGGCAGCGAGCGGACGCCCGGCUACUCCCCGACUCACACAGCGGCAGCAGCGGCGAGCCCUUCGGUGGAACCCGCCAGGUACAACCAGUCCGCAAGUGGCAACCAGAACUCGUCCCUAUCGCCUCCACCUGAGCCUUUACCAUGCUCCUCCUCCACGGUGGCCAGCUUGUCGCCGGGUGCCGAGACGCAACCCCAACUCAGAGCCGUGAAGAACUCCAUGAGCGGCGUCCAGUGCUCUGGGUCUAACGGAGGAAGCACGCUGUUGCUGGGUCGGGACUGUGUGUCUAAGGCUUCCCCCCUUGAGGAAGAGAAGCCUGCGGGGAGCGCACCGACGACUCCUCAGAGCGCAAGCGACUCCGCACAGCCUCAGAUAUACCCAUGGAUGAGAAAACUCCACAUAAGUCACGAUUUGUCUGGACCGGAGGGAAAGAGAGCCCGAACCGCCUACACCCGCUACCAGACGCUGGAGCUGGAGAAGGAGUUCCACUUCAACCGGUACCUGACCCGCAGGCGGCGGAUCGAGAUCGCCCACGCCCUCUGCCUCUCCGAGAGACAGAUCAAAAUUUGGUUCCAGAACCGCAGAAUGAAGUGGAAGAAGGACAACAAGCUGAAGAGCAUGAGCAUGGCAGCCGCAGGCGGGGGAGCCUACAGGCCUUGAUAACAGCUCACACCUUCUCGCAUAAAGAAAAUGAAAUUAAAGAAAAAUAAACUAUUGAAAGUGUAAAAAGCAAAAAAGAAAAUCGGGCAAAGACUUGUUGGCGGGGGCUCUGAGCCACUCCACCAAUUGUAAAUGCCCUCAUUAACCAUAUAUUUCCUUUAUAUUCUCAUCGUGUUAAUCAUUAUGCGAGUAAAAUAUGCAUUCUGUACAGUUCUGUUUAGAUUUAGGACAAAAAAGAAAGGAACGUUUAAAUUAUUUCUUGUUCAGAAGGGUAAAAAAAAUUCAAAAGCUUGAACUUGUCCAGUAAAAAUCUGUGUAAUGCACUCAAAACAUCAGCAGUCUAAUAAAUACUAAAUGAAUAGAAGGUUUGUGUUUAGUUCUCUCUGCACAUGUACUGUAUAUGUAUGUAUUUAUUUGUCUCAUGUGUUGUGCCAACUCGUCAGAAAAAAAGAAACUUGCUUCAGAUAACCAGCAAAUAAGCGUUUUGUGUGCGUAAAUGUAUUGUAAACACACGUGUAAAGACAUAGGUGCCGCCUCGCCCCUUUGUAUGUACAGCGGAGGCACCUUGUUUUCUUAGUUGUUGUUUCUUUUUUUCUUUUUUUCAGGAGAUUAUGUUUGACUUAUUCACCUGGGCGCAGCAUAGUUAACAAAAAAAGACGUGUUUGUCCCUGUUAAUUCUUGCAGUUUCUAUGUGGAAGUGCCCACCUGUAUGAGUUCAUCGUGAUUAGCCUUUUUUGUAAAUGUUUUUCAAAGACUGGAAAGAGGAAAAUAUGCUACAAUAAUGAGAGGAAUGAUACUGAUGCUCAUGGUGAUGAUGGCUGUCAUGGCCGUGAUAAUAAACUUUUUACUGGAACGGCAACUUUUUGGGGGUUUCUUCUUAGAUCUGAGCUGCAGCGGCCCGCUGGCUGAAUGUCGCGGGGCAUUUGUUUGCGUUUUUUGUUGUACUAUUUAAUAUAUAUUUGACUUCACACGUCUAUAUUUAGGCCAGAAAAUUUAGAUUUUGACUGUAUGUACUCUAUCUGCAUUUAAAAAUCUUCUAGAAGUGUUUAGACGUCAGUAAGCGUCCCUAAAGGCCUUUA